AUGAGUGAUGAUUUGCGACUUCUUGGCAAUCAUUUGGCUGUCAUGGACGUAGCACAUUGCUAUUUACAGGGGAAUGCUGAUGCUGUGGAGUUUUGUCCGUAUGAUUGCUACCAUAAUGUUUUAGCGGUAUCCACUUACACAUUACAAAAAAGUUGUCAGCCCAGUCGACAUGGAAGCAUUUCUCUCUUCAAUGUUGAUGUGGAGACAGGCCACCUUGACUUGGUUUUUAACGAGGAAACUGCUGGGAUUUUUGACAUAAAAGUGGAAUCCACUUGGAGGGCAUGUGAAUCCUUUUCUAGCUCAAGCAUAUGCUAA